AUGUCCGUGCAAUUUUGUAACCCAAUCCUGUUGGGAGAACAAAAGGGAAAAAAGAGGACAAAUUAUAAUUAUUCAGGAAAGGCUGUCAACGAAAAAUCAUACACACUGAAAGAAAAUAGCAAAAGCAAUAUAAGUAAAGCGAAUAGUGCAAUUGCUGCAAAUAAUUUAAUUGCCACCAAGGGUGCAAAUAACAUAAAGAAUAAAUGCAAGUCCAUAAAAUAUGUAGCUAGAAAUUAUAAUGAUACUAAUAAAAGUGAGAACGUUCAACCCAAGUUAAUAAAAAUAAAAAGCGAUGAUAAUUACCUAAAUGAACUUUUACGAAAAGAAAACGUAUUCAUCCAAUCGGAAAAAUGCGCAGAAGUGAAAAUAAAAAAAAAUAAAAAUGUUUCAUCUUCAAGUAGUUAUUCAACUAAAAACAGCUCAGAGGAUGAUAUACACACUUCAGAUAUAAUAGAACAAUAUAAAAAAAGGAAAAAAAAAGAAUUAGAAACGAAAAGGAAAAAGAUAAUACGAGAUAAAAAAAACAAAUUAAUAAAAAAGAAAACUUAUAAAGAUGUUGAAACGCAAGUUUUUCUAAAUGAAUUUACUAAAUACUACGAGAAUGUAAAGCCACAGAUUGAAAAAAUAGUUGAGGAUGUCUUAAAUAAAGCACUUAAAGAAAUGUACGAAGAACAGGAGUUACAAAAAAUCAAAAGCGAAGUAGACUAUUACGAGAAUAUUAGACAAAUGAAAUAUCAAAACCUUCAAACAUAUGAAAAAAACAGCGAAGCCUUUUACGAAGAAACGCAACAAAAAAUAAAAGAUCGAGUUGCACUCAAAAAUAAAGUUGAAAUUAUAAUGAAAAAAAAAAUUGCUAAUAGUAAAGCCCAAAAAAAUAUGCAUUAUAUCUUUCAAAAAAAUUUAGAUCUUCACUCAGUGUUAAAUUGUGUUCCCAACAAUUUUGAAAAAAAUAUCAACUUGAUAUUCCUACCGUGGUUAACUGAUUUGAUUCUUUAUUUGGUAAAUGUAAAAAAGGAAAUCGCCCAUUACAUUAUUACAGAAAUAAUUGAACAGACUGUUAAUUCAUUAUCGGAAUUAGCUGAGAAUAAUAAGGGGUAA